AACUUUUCAAAUAAAAAAAUUAUUUCCCUUUAUUUUUCUUAUAAUUUCUCUCAAUUUCAAGCCCUCCCCUGUUCUAUAUAUUCUCCCCUCAACAAGCUAAGAAAUCUCUUCCUCCUUCCUUCUGCCUCUUCCUCUAUAUUUCUGGUUUCCUAUUUUCGAGCUUUCUCGCUCUAGAUCUUCUGAAAGCCCCCUAGGUUCUGUUCCCCUGUUCUUGCUCUGUUUUGGGUUAAUUGAAGUCCCAAAAUUCUGAGUUUCUUUUUACGGAGUAAUAUUUUCUUGCAAUCAAUCAAAAAACCUCUUCAAAUCUCAUCUUAUUAGAGGAAACCAUCUCUUAGAAAUCUCAAAUUUGUAGAAAAAUCCAGUCUUUUGUUGUUUUUGAGAUCUAAAACUCUGUUUUUAAUUUUUAUUUGCAGUUGAUGCUAAAAAAAAUCUGGAUUAUUAAUGUAUGAUAUUAAUGACUCCAGUUCUUAGUGAAAUCCUUCGUUCUGGGUUUAUGAUAAAUUCCUCUCUAAGGCGCAGGACCCAUUUAGUUCAAUCUUUCUCUUGCUUUUUCCUUUACUGGUUCUAUGUUUUUUCAUAAAUUGGCCCUUCAUUUUGCUUGAUUUGUCUUUAUUUUUAAUACUUAAUAUUAAAAAAAAAAAAAAAGUUUCAUUAGGGUCCUGCGUCCUGCUAGAUUGUAUAGAUAUAUAACAAACAAAAAAACACAUUUGUUUCCGUGAAAUUUCAAUCAAUGGCGAGUUCGAGCGGCAAUUCGACGACGAGCAGUCAACUUCAGAACUCAGGAUCUGAAGGAGACUUACAGGUAAUGAUGGUGGAUGAUAGGAAAAGGAAAAGAAUGGCAUCAAACAGAGAAUCAGCAAGAAGAUCAAGGAUGAGAAAACAGAAACACAUUGAAGAUCUGAUGGCUCAAGCUGAUCAAUUGAAGAGAGAGAAUAAUCAGAUCCUUCAAACUACAAACGUGACUACUCAACAAUUUGUCAAUGUCGAAGCUGAAAACUCUAUUUUGAAAGCUCAAAUGAACGAGCUUAGCCAAAGGCUUCAAUCCCUCAAUGAUAUCCUCAAUUACAUAAAUACCCUCAAUGCUGGGGUUAACAGUGUUGUCGGGGCCACCAACAGUUUUGAGUUGGAGGAUGAUUCUUUGGACAUUAUGGGUGAUUUUGGAUUUAUGAAUGGGUAUUAUGGGAAUUUUACUCAUAACAAUAACCAUAAUAAUCCUUGGAACUUGGUUUAUCUCAACCAACCUAUCAUGGCUUCGGCUGAUGUCCUCCAAUACUAAAAAAAAUAAAAGAAAAAAGAGACGGAUAUUUUUAAAGAUAUAUUAUUACAAAUCAAAGUUUCGUGGUCGACUAAUUGUAUGGCUACAGGCAAGUGGAAGGCUAAUUCUAUUUUCUAUUUUCUAUUUUUUAUUAUUAGUAUCAUCAUCAAGUGACUCUACGAGGGUAAGGUGGUCCAUUUUAUGAUGGAAGAGGUUGUUGUGUUAAAGAUAUAAAAGAAUAUUCACGUGCAAAUGACGGCUCUCUUGUGAUGUAAAACGUUGUAUCUUAAGUUGUUGAAUGUAAUUUUUAUUAUUAUUGGAGGCCUUUUGACAAAGUUAUAUGAGUAACAACAUUGUGAUGUGAGAAUUGGUCUCCAUGAUAGCUUAGGCAGGACAAUCAAUGGGGAUGAUAUCAUUGAUGAUGUAAUUUGGAAUAUCAUAAUUUUUAUAUUUAUAAAUCGAUCGUAUUAGCGACCUUAA